AUGCCUCGCCUUGUAGUCGGCGGAGAGAGAGGCGUCCUGGAGUAUGUCGGCACUGUAGCAGAGAAUCACCGUCGAGAUGUCUGCUUCUCUUCGUCUCGCCGUCCUGUCUGCUUGGUGUCCUUCGUCGUCGUCGUCUCCAACUUGUCCACUCUGGCCAAAGACGGCGACGGCGACGACGAAGAAGAAGAAGAAGACGCACAUCGAGAAGACGAGAAGGAGACGAGAAGAUUCAAGAUGCCGGGCGACAACGAGACCUUCUACCUGCGAUACUAUGCCUCUGCGCGCUAUGCGAACAACUCGAACUACCGCAAUGACUCCCUCAUCCGCAAAGAAAGUACGUCAUACAGCUACCUGCCAUUCCCCUCCCCCUCAAGUAGAAAGCUGGCUGCAGGAGGGCUAAGAGGAGUCUAUUACAGUGUGCGUCAGCUCGCUGCUGAUACAGGAGAUCAAACGGAUUAUCAAAGAGAGCGAGAUUCUCAAGUAUGUUGGGCAUUGACUUCUUUUGUCUGCUGCAAUCGCCCACCUCUGACCCUCUAUCUACUAUCGAAUAGGGAAGACGACUCGAAAUGGCCACAGAAAAACAAAGAUGGACGACAAGAGCUUGAGAUUCGACUUGGGAAUGAACACAUAUCCUUCGAGACUGCAAAGAUAGGCUCGCUUGUCGAUGUCACCGAAUCGGCGGAUCCUGAGGGCCUGCGAGUCUUCUACUAUCUCGUACAGGACCUCAAGGCGCUCGUCUUUUCACUAAUAUCCCUCCACUUCAAGGUAUGGCUGGCUCUUCAAGCACCCCUGUCCCGCCGAAGCUGCCAACCCACGUCACCACCACCAUGA